AGAGGACGGUUUUCCAUAACAAUUUGCCCCCGAAUGCCAAAACUAGAUCCACCCCUGCAGAGUGCAGAGAGCGCCAGACUGCUCGAUCAAAGUUUCAAUGGCUGCUUCAACAGCCUUCUUCCGCACCUGCCCUCUCAACCUAUCAUCCAUCAAACCCAACAAAGCUACUAUUCUUUCCCAUUUCUCUUCCGUCAAGCUUGCUUCAUCUACCCAAAAUUAUCCCUCUCAGCCCCUAAUUUCCCACUACACUCCUUCCCAGUUUCACAGUCUCGUCACUCCUCUUCGAUCUGCUUCCACCUCUGAUGCAUCCACUGCCUCCGCCCCAUCUACCACCUUCCACGGCCUCUGCUACGUUGUUGGAGACAACAUCGACACUGACCAAAUCAUUCCUGCUGAAUACCUGACCCUAGUCCCUUCCAAGCAGGAGGAAUACAAAAAGCUUGGCUCAUAUGCCCUAUGCGGUCUCCCAGCAUCCUACCAAACUCGAUUCAUAGAUCCUGGCGAAUACAAAUCCAAGUAUUCAAUUGUUAUUGGGGGUGAUAAUUUCGGAUGCGGGUCCUCCCGUGAACAUGCCCCUGUUGCCCUCGGCGCUGCCGGGGUUUCUGCUGUGGUUGCUGAGUCUUAUGCCCGUAUAUUCUUUCGGAACUCGGUCUCUACAGGGGAAAUCUAUCCUGUGGAAUGCGAUGUGAGGAUAUGCGAGGAGUGUAAGACUGGAGAUGUGGUCACUCUUGAGCUCGGUGAGAGUAGGUUGAUCAACCAUACUAGUGGGAAGGAAUACAAGCUGAAACCCAUUGGGGAUGCUGGACCUGUGAUUGAUGCUGGUGGGAUUUUCGCCUACGCUAGGAAGACGGGGAUGAUCCCUUCCCUUGCAUAAAAAACUCAACCUGGAUUUUUUAGUGCUGUCAGCUUCCACUUAGACUAAUGAGAGUAACUUCCAUGAUAUUCUUGUGAAGAAGCUAGCUGUUAUCCUACCCAUAGCACUUCUUGAUGUGUAAUAGUUGUUCAACAAAACAUUAUUGCAAGGCUAUGGUUUUCUUGCGGCAAUCGAUGAAUGUUGCCCAACGAUCAUUACGAUGUGUGCUAAUUUAGAUUGUGUAGUGAACAAUAAGUGCCUUGUUUCCAAGAGCUGCAUUUUCCUAGUAUGUUGGUAGUAUGAUACAUGUUUAUGGCAGCAAAGCAGUGCGCCAAAAGGAAAGGCAACAUUAUUUUUACUAUUUCCUUGUUGAAGUGGCAAUGUAAUGGUUAACUGCUUACCUUAUUUGUUAUUUAGUUACUGAGUAUGUAGUCUGACAAUAGGUAAAGUGAUC